AUGGGGGGAAAUACUGGAGGAAGACUAAGUUGGGGUGGAGAUAUUAGAGUUAAGAAGUUGAAGAUACCGAUCUUCGAGGGGGAAGAUGUGGGUGUAUUGAGCGGAGCGAUACUUCACGGUGAAUUAGUUAGAUGGGUAGGAGAAACUCAUGGUGGCAAGAUUGUGUUUGGAGGGGAAGACCUUAGCCUGAUAUUCCUCUUUUUUUCCCAUGUUAGUGCAGAUUUUAAACCCGGAGAGCCAGUAAUAGACUGGAAUACUAGAAAACGAGUGGCCUUAGGCACCGCUCGUGGACUGGAGUACCUUCAUGAGCACUGCAAUCCCAAGAUUAUUCAUCGUGAUGUAAAAGCUGCUAAUGUGUUACUUGAUGAAGAUUUUGAAGCUGUUGUUGGGGACUUCGGUUUAGCCAAACUGGUGGAUGUGAGGAAGACUUCUGUGACAACUCAGGUUCGAGGGACUAUGGGCCACAUAGCUCCUGAAUAUCUGUCCACAGGGAAAUCAUCAGAGAGGACUGAUGUUUUUGGUUAUGGGAUCAUGCUGCUUGAACUUGUCACAGGUCAGCGAGCCAUAGAUUUUUCACGCUUAGAGGGGGAAGAUGAUGUAUUACUCUUGGAUCAUGUAAGUUCCUUUAUCCUCUACCUUUUUCAUUUUCUGAAACUUCAUUGGUGGCUCUAA